UGUGAGGGGGAAGAUUGCUGUAAAGAACAAGGGGAGAGAGAGAGAAAGAGAGAAUGAUGAAUAACAACAAGGAUUCUCGUUCAUCUGUGACAGCUAAGAGGUUCAAGAAAGCAAAGACUUCUGCAGUGCAGCAAGAGCCUCAGUUUGCAAAAGCUGAAGUUGGUCACAGUGGAAAUGCUCAAACUCAAGUUGAGGCAUAUAGAAACAUUCUCAGAGAAGUGGGCUCAAUAAAAAAGAGAGUUAACAAUGUAUUAACUGAUUAUGAUGAAUUUUGUGAACACAAGAGCAGAAGGACUGAUGAUAUUGAUGAGAAUAAUGUUGAGAGGCUAUUGCAAAAUUAUGAAUCAACCCAAAGAGAAAGAGAUUUGAUACUGCAGUCUCUGAAAGCUUUCUUUAAGAACCAUAUCUCAUAUUUCAAAGAUUUAUCGCUUCCAUCUGCUGUUGAUACUCCAGAUCUACAAUUGUUAGAUCUAGACAUUGAUGAAGAGAGAUUCAUGAAUGCCUGGAGAGUCGUAUUGUCUGAUAUUAACAAGCUGUCUGAGAUUAGCAAACAGCUUGUUGGGAUGGGAAAACUAAUCAACAAGCUGCCAAUAUUAAUUAAAGGAGAUUCUUCAGUAGAAAAGUCCCAGGUGGACCACUUAAGAGACAUAUUUACUAAAGAAGCAAUGCAGAAUUUAAGAAUAACAAGGCAACUACAAGAAAUGAAUAAGGAAGUAGCUGCUUUGAGAGAGCAAAAUAAGGAGCUCCUUAGUAAGAAAGGGAAUGGAGAUAAUCGGCCAGCUCUUCAAAUGCAUAACAGUCUAGAGCAGGCAUAUGCAAAAAUCCAACAAUUGCAAUCAGAAAUUGCAGACUCAAAAGAAAAGGAAAAAGUAGCUGUUUCCGCUGCUUUUGCAUCUCCACCUAAGAGAAAUGAAGGUUGCAUACCACAUGAACAAAAAACUGAUGAUGUGGCGGCUCGUAGGACACUGAAAAUACCUGAUUCUUAUACUGUAGAGAAUCAAGAAAAUAAAAGUGAAAAAGAGACUACUGACAAUGUAUCAAUUGCACCUACUCUUGUGAAAAAUGAUGCUAAAGAGCCUGAGCCUUUGUCUAGUGGAAAGGAAGAAACCAAAAAGCAACAAGUAAAGGAAGUGACACAUGCUUGUAGACCAAAGCUACUAAGGAGAUCAGUGCAAGAGAAACCAAUACAAAAGAAAAGCAAAUCUAAACCUGAAAAUCUGCUUAAGAUGAGCAAGAUUGAUUUCAGUUCAGUUUUCAUGCCGAUAACCCCAGAAUUGGCUCCACCGGUAACAGCAGUCAAAUCGCCACGAUAUUUCACUCCUGCUGGCUACAAGGGGAGGAUCCCCUCUGCUGUAGCAUCACCUGCACCACUGCAUAUAGGCAACCCAAGCUCAUCUCCUUUGAGUAUUCAGGAAUCUUCCAUAUCUGCAAGCGUCUCACCUUUCCUUCCUCCUAUAGAAGCUCCUCCAGUACUGGUGCAUGAAAGAGAGGAGCCAAAACUAGAAGAGAAAGAAAGUGAAACACGAAAGUUGGAAAAAAUUAAAAGUUCCUACAAACCACUCUCUGCAAACAAGACAUUCAUGCAUCGUCAUCGAAGUCACUGGAAGCCAAUUUUGGCUGCAGUGAACAAGCAAGAAACAAUACAAGAAGAUCCUACAGUGACAUCCAUUCAAUUUCUGGGCCCUGAUGAUGGAACAAGGACAGUAGGAGCAGCAAAGUACAACAGGCCAGCCUGGGUAAGGAAGCAAGGCAGUAAUAAUGGAUCAAAGAGAAGCAACUGUGGUUCCUUGUCAAUGGCAGUUCAAGGGAAAAGGUUAACCGAUCAAAGAGCCAUCACUGAAGGAAGGAGAGCUGAGCAGCCAUACAGAUCAAGAUUGCCAAUGGAAGCUUCAGGAGGACAGCAGGGAGAUAGACCUGGAGCAUCAAGACAGGCUAUGGGACAUCAGCCACAAACAGUGCAGAGAUCAGUUCGAAACCAGCACAAUCCGCAAACACUUCAGCUUCAUUAUAUCAACUUCUCUGAUGUGCUGUAGAUACAGUCCUGUACAUAGACACACUGCACUUAACUGUAGACAUAAACUGUACACAGUCCUAGUCAAUACAUAUAUACACACACAUUAUACAUGUAAAUGGAACAUAAGCUGUACAAUAAAUAAUCAUCAUAAAAUUUAGUAAACGUAAUUAAUGAUACACUGUAUUUUAGUAAAAGUCUUAUGACUGCUUUAUUUCACU